UCCAACACCACCACCAACAAGCUGAUCGAUCGAGCUCAGCAGGAAAAGGGACUCGUGCAGCUGCGUAGGCUCAAGGCCUCCUCCUGUCAUCGAUCACCUACUAGCUUGUCCGGCCACUUCGUCAGAGCUAGCUAGCGCUCCUGCCUGCUGGCUACUUGUAACCCAUCGGUUACUUGUUAGCUCUGGCAAUGGCGUCCAUCAGGCUGCAGCUCGUGUUCUUGGCGCCGUUCCUCGCGCUGCUCUUCUCGUCCGGCGCUCUAGGGGCCGCCGCGGAGACCACCAAUGGCACUGCCGGCGCCAUGGGCGGGUCGUCGCUGGCGGCGGCGCAGAGCGGCGUGUUCAGCCUGGACAGCUACGGUGCCCGCGGCGACGGGAGCCACGACGACGCGCCGGCGCUGGCCAGGGCGUGGAAGGCGGCCUGCGCCUCGCCGCUGCCGGCCGUCGUGCUCGUCCCCGGUGGCAAGCGCUACCUGCUCAGCAACGUCGUCAAGCUCCCCGGGCCGUGCAAGUCGGCCAGCGUCACGCUCACGGUGCAGGGCACGCUGGUGGCGUCGCCGAAUCGGGCCGACUGGAGCGACAGGGACAGGAGGCACUGGGUCGUGUUCCGCGCCGUCGACGGCCUCACCGUCAACGGCGGCGGCGUCAUCGACGGCAACGGCGAGGCGUGGUGGAAGAACUCGUGCAAGAUCAACAAGGCUCUGCCGUGCAAGGAGGCCCCAACGGCUUUGUCGUUCCACUACUGCUCGAGUUUGAGAGUGCAGGAUCUGAAGAUCGUCAACAGCCAGCAAAUCCACAUGUCCAUUGAGGACUGCAGCAACGUACAAGUGGCAGGCUUGUCCAUCACUGCUCCUGGCACGAGCCCUAACACCGACGGCAUCCACAUCACCCGGAGCAACGAUGUGCAGGUCACGAACUGCAACAUCAAGACUGGCGACGAUUGCAUCUCCAUUGAGAACGGGACGCACAAUCUUCAUGUCUCCAAAGUUGUGUGCGGACCGGGGCACGGGAUCAGCAUCGGAAGCUUAGGAGACGACGGCUCAAGAGCUGAAGUCUCCGGCAUCACCAUCGACUCGGUGCAGCUGCACGGCACGAGCAAUGGAGCACGCAUCAAGACCUACCAGGGAGGAAGUGGGUACGCCAGGGACAUCACGUUCCAAAACAUGAUCAUGGGCAGCGUCAAGAACCCGAUCAUCAUCGACCAGAACUACUGCGACAAUGCGAAGCCAUGCCGAGAGCAGGGAUCGGCGGUGGAGGUCAGCAACGUGGUCUUCAGGAACAUCAGGGGGACGACCAUCACCAAGGACGCCAUCAAGCUGAGCUGCAGCAAGAACGCCCCGUGCCAUGGCAUCACCCUGCAGAACAUUGACCUCAAGAUGGAGGGCGGCAACGGUGCCGCGGAGAGCACCUGCCAGAACGCGAGGUGGAAGAAAGCCGGGACAGUUCUUCCACAACCAUGCACCUCCCAGAACUAAAACUAGCUAGGCAGCAGCUAGCUGCAAUGCAAUUGAGCAGCCUGUAGCAUGUACAAAGUGGGUGUACUGUAUUACUGUAGAAACAACUAGUCAAGGACAAGGUCAAGCAUACAUUCAUGUAUAUAUAGUCUUUUAUAGAAAUUAACAUCCAAGAGGAGAUAAGAGCACGGC